AUGGCUUCAAGUGACCCUGAAAUUCAUGAUGGCUUUACAUUACCAGUGUGGAUGAAAACAAAACCAGCCAAAGAAUUCGAGCCAUUUUCAACCUCACCGCCAGCGCCUGAGGAUUCAUUUUUCUACAUUCGAUAUCCAAAAACAGAUGCAUUGUUUGGCAAGCCGAAGCUUAACGAAGAUCUCCCAAAGAUUAUUCAGGAACAGCAAAAGGACGUUUCGGUGACAUUCAACAAUAUUAAAGAGAAGGACUGGUCUAAACAUACCAAGCCGUGCCAGGAUGUCUUACAUGGAAUAGCACCUAUCAAUACAGCAGCUAACCCAUUGAAUUUGAAGCCCAAACCGGCUGGUACAGACGAUGGCUUCAAAGGCGAGGGAGCGGCUUGCGGCACCUCAGUGCUCAAGGUCGCGAAUCAAAUGAUAUCUACUCGUGGGCCGCGCGGCUUCACUGUGGCAUCUCCAUCUGAUGAUGGGCAGGAUACAUCUGGAUACAACUUGAUGGCCCGUCGUGGCAGCAAAAGCCUUCCAACAACACCCAUGCACUCUCCACCUUCCAGUCCUAACAGCCGUCGCAAGAUGUAUAAUAACAGAUAUUUCACUUCUCCUUACGAACCAGUGGAGGAUGUCCACGGUCGGUCAUGGCUUACGAUGGCACUUCUGGGUUUUAAGAGAGACCUCACCACGUCCACUUCAACACUAGCUGAAGAGGAUAUUGUGGAAAAUAGAUUACAGAAUGUCACACUCGCAGAGUCCGUUGAAAAUCUGGGCCCCUCACCGAAAACUAAGGAGCCGAAGAUAAUCAGUGAAACGUCUAACCCUUCUAAAUCCCCUAAAUCAUCUCAAACGUUCCGUGCAAAACCUUCGGAGCUACGUGAAAUGAAUUUUUGGUCGCCGACAUCUAUGUAA